UGCGAGCUCCAUAGAGAACAACACUAASUUUUACAGAGGUGCACAACUCGACUCGCGCGCUCAAGAGCGUAACACCAGUUUUUUCAUGCAAGAGAACACGAGGAUCCUUUGCAAAGCAGGUAGCAACAAAAAACACGAAAUUUAAAGCGCUUUUAAGUGAGAUUUUCUUCCAUGUCAGCUCGUGAAACAGAUCUUGCGCUAAAGUAUUAUUGAAUAGCCAUACAAACUAAAAACUGUUCGAACUAAACACAAAUCACACUUAACACUUAAACAAAUACUGAUUAUAAUAAAUAAUACAGCAAAAAAUAACUAUUAAAUAAAUAUAAUCUUAACAUGACAGACCUUAACGAAGCAAAACUCAACGAUAACAAAACAGAUCAAAACAUUUUGAAAAGCGAAGAAYCAGGAGAGAAAAAAGAUUAUGUGACAGAAAAGGAAAAAGAGGAAAAAAAUGAGAGUAACAAAGAGAACGAAAGUGAAAAAAUUGACGAACAAAGCAAAGCAGUUAAGAGAGACGACUCUACCUUCAACCGUUUUCUCAGCUGGUGGAGAGGAAAACCAAAAGUGGACGCCAACUUGAAAGACGAGGAAGAGAAUAAAGAGAAAGAAAACGAAAAAGAGGGAAAAGAAACAAAAGAAAUAAYCGAAAACGCAGAGAAUGAAACAAAGAACAGCRAAAGUGCUGAGUUGACAAAAACUAAUGACAGCAGCCAAAGUGACAUCGAUAAAAAUCCAAAUGACGUCACGUCACGUGAUGAGAAGAAAGUAGUGAGGUCUUCAACCGUAACAGAUCGUCGCUUGGAAAAAAUUCUUGAGGAGCAAAAAAGUCCUGGAAAAAACGCGCCCUUAGCACAAGAAGAAGACGACGGAGACGAAGCCAUCGAUACAGUUGACCCACGAACGACUAUCGAUCGACCAAUACCACCAGAGUCGGCAGCCGAGCUCGAAAAAACAAGUAAAGAGAGCCAGCCGAAGAUUGCCGAAGAAGCCGACGAUAAAACCGGGCAUCAAUACCCACCUAACAAUAAGSUGUUUGUGGUUUUAGACAAACCGAUCAGCACAACAACAAUACAGACCAACCACGAGGUUCCUGUCAAUACACACUCGGCAAACGACGAUAAAUCUAACACCGUCYCCCACAGCGAACACGCAAAGACUAAGAGAACGCAGCCAAGUGAAGACGAAGACGACCAACAGUCUAAGAAAAUGGAAGAAGUAAUCGAAGAAAGACAUCAAGAUCUUAGAAAAGACAAUGUGCAAGACGCCUGGAGACGAAUGGAGCCAAGYAGCCCAGGCAAAGAGACUGGGAACAAGGCAUUCCGAGUGAGCUACACCAUUCGUACGGAAACCAUAGAAACGAAGAAAMAAGAUGUUGAUGAUGAGGUGGAGCUGUUUGAUGACAGCGUAUURCUCAACAGUGCGCCGACAAGGUUCUACGAAGGGCCUCCCCCUGAAGAUCUCGAACCUGAAAUCAUAGAAGAGCAUGCGCGAGCAGAUGAAGCAGCAACAACGGACAUCGAUAAUUUCUUUGAACUCUGCAAAGAAGAUGGCAGUGCUCCACUUGCAAAAGAUGAAACGGAAUCAGUUCCCCAAGAAUCUGCUAAUCAAGACGAACAAGACAACAUACAACAAGACGGUCAAGAAAGUGUCCCGCAAACACCCGAAGAUAUCUUUAAAAAACUUCACAGUUGGGACGACGAACCGACCGACUGGUGGACAAUCACCAAGAAAAAGAAGGAAUACGAAGAAUGGAUGAAACCCAUGAAAGAUGGCACUAUUAGAAGGGUUAUCAUUCCAUGCGUGGAAAUCCCAUAUCAAACCAGUAAGUACUAUACCAUACGUAAAACUUCAAUAAUAGUCUCCWUCACGGUAUGA